GGAGUAUAAAAGCGCGCUUUGACCGCAGAACCAAAAGCGUUAAUGGCUAGUGAAUAAGUUGCAACUAGUUUAGGUCACAAUACUACACUUAUUAUAUCAUAAAGUAAAUAAAUUAAUUGAUAUAUAUAUUGAGAAAACAUAACGUUCCCUUCCCUCACUCAAAAAAAAAAUACGCCGCCCGUGUUCUCGCCGCCAACCUCCUGCCACCACUUCAUUCUGCUCCGGCGCCGCCUUGUAUGCAUGGAUUAUGCUUCUUUCCAUCUGGGUUUCUCGCCUCUUAACUGAAAAUGAGUACGUUGAACGAAGGAACUGAAUCUUGCAAGGAUGCAGAUGAUGUUUCCGUUGAUGUUAUGGAACUUUCUAGAAGCAGGGACGUCGUCUUGGAGGCGAAAGAAGACCCCGACGCAACCGAAAAUUCUAGUUCAUUCGCCGACACGAUUUCUGGAAAUGAAAAUACUUCUGGACUAAGCGAUGCUGAAGUCGAAUCGCAGUUCUUUGGCGGCAGUGGUGUGGCCCCUCCAUUUGAUGGAUUCGGCAGCAUUUUUCCCAUAAGGAAGAGAAAAAUGACUGCUCACUGGAGAAGCUACGUGCAGCCUAUAAUGUGGCGGUGCAAAUGGACAGAACUGAAAAUAAAGGAGCUGGAAUCUCGAGCAUUGAAAUAUGCCAGAGAGAUUUCUUUAUACGAUAGCAUGAAACACACUGUGUCCAAUCAAAUAACAGAAGAACAAAAAUCCUCCAAGAUGAUGUCAUUCACGCAUCAUCAAAGCCGCCGAAGAAGUCUUAUGAGGAGGAUUAAAAGAAAGAGAGUGGAAGAUACGACCGAUCUUGCAUCGUAUAUGUCGAAUCAUGUCCUUUUCUCCGAGCGUGAUAGUAAGAGAUCUGAUUUGGAUGGAGUUCCUACAUGGGACAACAACAACCUUGUUACUUCAGAUCAAACUACAACUGGUCAAGAUGAAUUUGGGAUUUACGACGAAAAUUUAUUUCCCGAAGAUGAUGAUGAUGAUAAUUUCCUAGAGGACACCCUUCGCAAAAUCGAUUUGGUCCACGCUCGUGUUCAUAAGCUCAAGAGUCAACUCGACGUGGUAAUGAUAAACAAUGCCGGAAAGUUUUCAUCGUCCGAGAAUUUGAGCCAGCUAUUGGGCUGCGAUUUUCAGACUAGCUCUGCGCGUAGCCCUACGUAUUCUGCAUGCAAUGGAGACACUGUCUCGGUUGGAGGCAUUUAUCAGAUUAAUAAUAUAUCGGACUACGAACUCGGAGAUUUCGUUAUGAAUGACAGCGCGGUUUCUAGCUUUGGAGAGGCUAUCCCGAUUCCCGAUAUCAUCGAGAGCACAGUUGGGCUAUUGUCCUCUAUCGACGUCACUCAGCAUCAACCCCAAAUCGGAGAUUCGUCUGAAAAGAUAGUUGAUAAUAUCUUGAUACAGAACGAGGCAGCAUCAGAAGUAGAGGGCUCGAUUUUCAAAUACAGCCACAAUCAAUCUGCUGAGAAGAUUCUAGAAGCAGAAAAUAGUGGCGGGGAAGAAGAGAGCAAUACCAACAAUGCCGUGGAACCAGCUGACGUGGCAGCGAAAGGUUUUGCAACUACAGACCAAUCCGUUCUGAAAUCGUGUCUAUCUUCGGAAAUCCACUUCCCUAAAAAUAAAAGAAAACGAGGGGAGCGUAAAGCCGGUUCGGCCAACUGGAGCCGCCAGCGACCUGGCGAACCCGACAGCUAAUAAUUACUUCAAAAUAAAUAAAAGAAAAACGACGAAUUUUCUCAACGAAAAAAAAAAUAGUGCUGACAUGAGAAAGUCGUGGACUCAUAAGUUGUCGGUUUCUUCUUGUUGUUCUCGUUUUUGUCUGUUAAAGUUAUGGUACUUCACUCCUUCCUAUUUACUAUCCAGUAUCCACGCUUCGUUCGACACACACCCAUGUGGGCGUGUGUGUGUGUGUGAAAAAACGGAGAGUGGAUGGUUGGAGACUUGUAUUUGUCGUUUAUUGGCCUUGAAGAGCCGAGGCGUGGUUACGCCACCUGGACUUGUUUGUUGUUUUGUGUAAUUUCCAUUUCUUGGUGCUGUUUCUUGGACAUGUUAAAUUUGUAAUACAUGUGCACAAAGUUCAAACUA